AUGGAGGUUGAAGGUCAAGUUGAGUCGUAUGGUCAUUUCAGUUUCUCUUCAAGUGGUCUUGAUAGCAAGGCCCUUGAUGAUAUUCAGACCUCUAUCCACAAACUCCCAAGCGAUGCUAAGACGGCUUUUUUACAAGGUAUGCCUCGGCCAGCAACGUGGAGAAUGAACUUGGUGGCCUUGUCGCAAAAGUAUAAUAUGUACUUCGUGGCAUAUCUGGAUACGAUACACAUCACAAGACCUCGAACACUCAAGCAAAUGCUGCCCGGUGUACCAGACAUGAUUCUUCGAUUACCAAAGUCGGGCAAUGCAGGUUCUGGAUACGUUUACCAAUCUCGCCCGCAUUGUGUUAACAAUAUGAUUAUUGGCAAUCUGGGCAACAAAGAGAUACUGUUGUUCUGUUGCGAUGAUGGGGAUGUAACGGCAUAUUAUACGGACCUCCUAGCAGAAGAGCUUCAACAAGAGGUUGAAAGUACAGCUGAUUCAAUUCCGAUCGCUAGCACGCAACCAUUUUUUCUCGAGAAUGUCGGGAUAAGUGCUUGGGGUAUUGCUAUUCAUCAAAAAUCGCGCUUGAUUGCAGUAAGCUCUAAUAAACAAGAAGUCACUGUCUUUAUUCAUGGCACCUCUAGUAGUGAGCUUUGCGAUUGCGCUGUGAUUGGCACCACAUACGAUGUUAUCAACGACCCCCUGACAUUUCGAGUUAAGGCCAAAUCCCAGAGAGGAUUUCCUAAGGACUGUUGUUCCAAAGGUUUCAGUUAUGAGACGAAUGGACCUUUUACAAACACUACAUUUCCCUUGAGAUAUUCUACCCAGCUUGAAAGACAUGAUGGACAUUCCGUAAUUCAAGGCCCGUAUCUACCAGGAACACCAUGUCCCCGUAAUUUUAGAAUCAUCCUCAAGCCAGCCGGACCUAGUCACAACAUCCCUGCCAUUGAUUUCAAUGAUGACGAUAAAACUGGCUUGGCUAAAUCGAUUAUAGCUACUGAUAUUCUGGGUAGCAUGUGGCUGUUAGAUAUAUGGGAGGAGAACUCUAGAUUGAUUGGCUUACCUCUUGCCCCUGAUCCAGGACCCAGAUUAUCUCAAAUCUUUCAAGAUGCUUUGGGUGAAGAGGAUUUAAAUAGUGUCUGGGUCGAGUCCGUACAGAAUAUCCUUGGCUAUAGGGUUUGUUUGAAUGUUGGUGAAAGAAUGAAGCGAUUUGAAAUGUCUAGCCCAAUCCUGCAAAAUGAUGAAAUGGUUUUGAACUCGGAAGAUGGCUCAGGCUACGAAUCCAUGCUCAGUAACUCGCCGCCAGAUCGAUUAGGGGGGUUGAUUCGACACAUGUAUUCCACUCCGCAAACGAUACGAUCUGCACGAUCUAAUAAUUUCAUGAACCACAUAAGCGAUUUAAAAAGUUGUCACAUUGAUUCUACUUCUCACACAAGUGACAGAGUUGUAAUCCUUCGAACUUGGAUGGACAGCAUUGAACUCGUGCCUUCUUCACCACGCAUGCCUGCAACCAUAUGUACAAAGUGCUUCGAAGGGCAUGAAUCGCCGAGUACAUUUGGGGAGACUUUCCAUAAUAUUACUCGAAUCAAUAUGAUGGCGUUAAUACCGGAACUAUCGCUUGUUGUUGUUGCUUCUCAAAUUGGUCGAGCAGCUCUUCUGACGCUGUCAACGGUGCACGUCGAUUCCAAUUCAGAUCCUAUACCCACCUUUCGUAUCGAAGGUCUUCUUCCACCUGGCACUAAGAAUGACCAUGUUUACAGAGGUUAUCAAGGGUCUAAUGCUCCACUCCUUGGAUUGGCCGUUUCUCCGAUUCAGAAUGGUCAUGGGAUUGAAUUGAACGCUGGAGAGAAUCCAAAGAGGUGGAGACUCAUUAUGCAGGGUUAUGACCAUAUUGUCUGGAAUUAUGAGUUGACUAGGGAUGAGAACAAUAAUUUGCAAAUCUUUUGA